CCCGAUUCAUCGCAUGCGACCAUCCAUGCCACUCUGGUCGAAUCGGCAAUCGCGGUACCCAGAGGGUUCGGGAAACCUCAAAAUGAGAGUUGCCCAAGUUGCUUGCAAAAGCAGUCGUUGCCCGCCCCAUUCAUCACACACCACGCCGCAUUGGCUGACAUGAUCACAGUCUGGCGUUGUUUACCUGCCUCUCAAAGGGGAUGUGGACGAGGUUCCGGGUGGUCGUGGGUGCAAUGACUUGCGUGGCGUAGUGGUGUGCACUUUGCUCGUGGCAUCCUUGGAUUCGGAUUUUGGUUUUGCAAGCGUAGUAGUCUGUACUUGUGGGUUUUACGUUGCGGGGGUGGAUGAGUCAUUUGGCUCGCUUCACUGAAAGGUAGCUUGGGAUGGUCGGAGCUUGUAGGAGAGUUUUUGACGGUUUAUUUUUUAAUCUGCCCGGCAUUUUUUAAUAGAAGGGGUGCUUGCCUGAGUGUUGUAAUGGUUGUUGUGAGUGGAGUGGCUGAGAGGAUUCUUGGUUGUUUUGGGUCGUCGUGACGGGGAUGAGAAAUUGUGGUUUAAGCCGCAGCUGACGUAAGGGAGGAGUUUCUGAAAAAUACUGUAUUGAUCUCGAUUUGAAAGGUUUCACGCAUCUCUUAAAAUAAGAACGACCGUGUUGAGGUGCUCUUAUUGAAGCCCGUGGGAUCAAGGUUUAGGGUUACGGGGGUGCGGACUGCGGGGUGAUUGAUUUUCGUGGUACUCUGUAGAUUUCAUUUCGGUGUCGAAUAUUGUGGUAAUCUGGAGGCCAAGAUGAGAUGUUUUAGCCGAGUUUGAUCUCACACUGAGAUCUUGUGAGAAUUAUGUCACACUUCUGAUUGAAUUGAGUUCUCAUGCACAAGCCUGGGCGUAAUUCGGAUUUGCAUUCCUAGCGAGGUGGGGGGUGAAAGUACACGCUGAGACGGAUCUUGCAUGUUGAGGAGUUACGGGAACAUAGUUGAGAUAUAGUGAAAGGUUCCGUGAUUUGUUCUCUUUCGGGGUGUGAAAUUUCUUCAUAGGAUUAUUGAAGAAGUGAACAUACUUUUGAGUUACAGCACCCCAGCGGUCUUUCAUGGGGAUUAAAGUCAACAAAAACACGGACGCUAUGCAACUAGACAACAGUGAGGCGGCUGAAUCUGAUGCCAAUCGUAUUCCUUACCAAAACGUAGUCAACUCAGAUUCCCCUGUAGCUCUACCCAAUGCCUUGGAAAAAAUUAUGCAGCUGCCGCAAGUCUCGGAGCUGAAGCGGACCCACACAUUGCAACGAGAGAAAUUAGGUCUCUCUAAGCAACCAAUUGAGACCACGAGAUUCGCUGUUCUCUCCUUAUUGAAUCAAUGGAGACUUCUGUGGAUCCAUGUGCUUAGCCACCAUCUUCGCUUUGUAGCUGCAGGGUUUAUCUCGAUUGCAAUUAUCAUUGCAUUGGUCAUUGUUGAUGGUCCGCACGAAUACUACGUGAGAAAGGCAAUUGCGUACGCCAGAUUUGUCGUCUGGUGGAUAGGUCUCGGAGUUGCGUCGUCAAUAGGCUUCGGAUCCGGCCUCCAUACGUUUGUCUUGUACCUUGGCCCGCACAUCGCCACGUUUGCAAUGAAGGCUGCGCAAUGCGGUCGCGUGGAUUUCAAAACCGUGCCUUACGACACACCGCAGUGGGGAUUUCCGGCUUCCUGGCAACACAAGGAAUGCUCCGACUUGGGUGAGCCUAUGUUUCCCCGUCUCUCAACAAAUGGGUUGGAGGUUUACGUGAUCCCAAUUUUCCAGAUGCUGGUCCAAGUGCAACUGGAAGCCAUCUUGUGGGGGAUGGGUACUGCUAUUGGCGAGCUGCCGCCCUACUUCGUCUCACGCGCUGCAAGGCUAUCUGGGGAGAAAGUAAAGGAGCUUGAAGAGCUUGUUAACAUGCCGCAAGAGCAGGACCAUCAGAGCAUCUUCAAUCGCUUCAAAGUAUGGGGUCUUAAGAGAUUCUCGGAGCUAGGAUUUUUUGCAAUCCUCACCUUCGCAUCUGUUCCGAACCCUCUCUUCGACCUCGCAGGACUGAUGUGCGGCCACUUCCUGGUCCCGUUUUGGAAAUUCUUCAUGGCCACUUUCAUAGGAAAAGCCAUAAUUAAGACACAUAUCCAGACGGUCGUAGUGAUUCUGGCGUGCAACCCCCACGUUCUAGAAGCACUGGAGGCAGGACUAGCUUGGGUUAUUGGUCAAUUUCCAUUCUUGAGCAGUCAUUAUCCGCGCAUCAUGGCUGCUGUGGGCACAGCCAAGGAAAAAUUCUCCCGUUACAAUGUGGGCGAUGCCGAGGCGGCCAAGGCGGGUUUCAAUUUCGGCUUUUUGUGGAAUACUGUUGUGCAGCUGAUGAUGGCGGGUUUUGUUGCGUCAAUCAUCACAGCCACUGCACAGGGAUAUUUGAUGGAGCGGCAGAAACAUGAGGUGACAGCUCUCGUUGAGAGACUGAAUAGCAAGAUGGACGAAGACUUGGACAGAUGAUGACUUCGUGUAACCCAUAGGCUAGAGAAGUUUGUACAGAUUCCAAGCCAAGACCUUCUUAUAGUCGCGACUGUGCUCUUGACAAUGGCUGCUAGAGUUCUUUUGCAGAGUCACAGUUCAUUCAUCCGAGAGGAAAAUACCUCUUGAAAGUAGGAUCAAAUUGAUCCUUCCAUUUCUUUGGUUGGUAAUUUGGUAGACAGGUUAAUUUGGCGAGAUGUGCCGCAUUUUCUUUAAUGACUUCUCUGGCUAGGAUGAUUGUCUUCGAUCUCUUUACUUGAGGUGAUAGCUAGUUGCAAUGCCCAGUUGGAGAUCAUUUUUAUAUUUAAAACACUAGGAACGGAACGUCUUUCAAUUGUUCAUUGCCGUGGCUUCAAUUGUUGCUUUCAUCCUUAAUUGUUGGUGAAGCAAGGGCUCAUGGUUCAGAGAGUAGGAUUGAUUUGGGGUUUCUACCUGCA